CCAACGUCCCGUCGACUGUCAAGUGAAUCAAAUAAAAUGUCAAUUUGCUUUGUAGUGUCGCAUUCGCGUUAAAUGUAAUAUAAUUUAGAAUUAAAGUUAUUGGAUAAUAUAAUGUGUGACAAUGGCCUCUGUAAAAGUGGCUGUAAGGGUGCGCCCAUUCAAUCAACGAGAGAAGGACAUGAACGCCAAGUUGAUUGUCCAAAUGGAUGGAAAGAAAACAAGACUGCUUACUGUGAAAAAUAGCAAAGAACAAAACGAUGGGUCCCGGGAGAAGUCUAAAGACUUCACUUUCGACCACUCGUACUGGUCAUUCGACAGCGGUGAUAAGCACUUCGCGACACAGGACCAGGUAUUCUCUGAUCUUGGUCUGGAUGUGAUUGACAGUGCAUUUGAAGGUUACAAUGCGUGCGUAUUCGCUUACGGGCAGACUGGAAGCGGGAAGACAUUCACUAUGAUGGGAAGUGGGUCAGCGGAAUCACAAGGACUUAUUCCGCGUAUAUGUCGCCAACUGUUCUCGCGGGUAGCGGCAGGAAAGGAAUCCGGUGCUUCCUAUCGCACGGAGGUCAGCUACCUCGAGAUAUACAACGAGAGAGUUAAGGACUUGCUGGCCACCGACGCGGGACACUCGCUGAGAGUCCGAGAGCAUCCUAAACUCGGUCCUUACGUCCAAGACUUGUCCAAACACCUGGUCUCAGAUUAUGAUGACAUACAAGAAUGCAUGCAUCGUGGUAAUCUCCACCGAACCACUGCAUCGACGCAAAUGAAUGAUGUAUCUUCGCGGUCGCACGCCAUUUUCACCAUCACCUUCGUGCAGGCGAGCUACUUGCGUCACAACAAUAUGCCCAGCGAGACUGUGUCCAAGGUCCAUCUCGUUGAUCUCGCUGGCAGUGAGCGAGCUGAUGCCACUGGAGCGACUGGUCAGCGGUUGGUCGAAGGCGCACACAUCAACAAGUCACUUGUGACACUAGGCUCUGUUAUCUCUGCACUCGCUGAGGCCACUAACCAGCCUGUCGAUAGUCGUACACCAAAAAGCAAAAAAGUGUUUAUUCCAUACCGAGAUUCGGUGUUAACAUGGUUACUUAAAGAUUCACUCGGAGGAAACUCUAAGACUAUUAUGAUAGCCGCGAUAUCACCAGCGGAUUGCAAUUACGGGGAAACGUUAUCCACUCUCAGGUACGCCAACAGGGCUAAGAACAUCAUCAACAAGCCCACUAUCAACGAGGAUCCAAACGUCAAACUGAUCAGGGAGCUGCGCGAGGAGAUCGAGAAACUGCGCAAGCAAAUAUCACACAACACGGAUCCCAUCGAAAUGGAACCAGCUGUACUCGCUACGCUGCAACGCAAGGAGGCGCAAGAGAAAGUCUUAACGGAGAAGUGGACGGAGAAAUGGCGGGAAACGCAACAGAUCCUACAGGAACAGAAGGCACUCGGCCUCAGGAAGAGCGGUCUGGGAGUUGUUCUCGACUCGGACAUGCCGCAUCUUGUGGGAAUAGAUGAUAACCUGCUUUCAACUGGAGUAACGCUCUACCACCUCAAGGAAGGCGAGACAGUGAUCGGCAGCGAAGAGUACUCGCCCACGCCGGACAUCGUGCUGUCGGGCGCCGGCGUGCUGCCGCUGCACUGCCGCGUCACGCUGCAGGAGGGCGUGGCCACCAUCAGCCCCGCCCCCUCCGCGCAGUGCUGGCUCAACACCGUGCUGCUCGACAAACCCGCCAAGCUCAGCCAGGGUUGCAUCCUUCUCCUCGGUCGCACGAAUAUGUUCCGCUACAAUGACCCCGCAGAGGCCGCCAAGUUACGGCAGGAGGGUGCCUCCGUAAUGAACCUCUCCCGCCUGUCUCUGCUCUCCUGGUCCACCACCGACCUCGCAGCGAGCAACGAGAACCUUAAUACCACUCUCUCUGAUUUGGAAAGUGAGAUCCGUUGCGAGCGUAUCGAAGCACAGCGUGCUGAGCUGGAGCGGGAGCGGCAACAGUUCGAGCUGCAGCAGGAGGAGCGGCAACGUCGCUGGCACGCCGAGCGAGAGCAGCUUUUGCAGGCGCAGCGGCAACUCGAUGAGGAGCGGUCGGCGAUGGAGAAGGAGUACGCAGCUGCGUGUCGGCGGCUGUCGGGCGACUGGCGGGCGCUCGAGCGCGGCUGGACUCUGAGGAGACGCGCACUGCGCUGUCGGCAGCGCGAGCUCAGUGCGCGCGCACACUCGCACGCACGCGCCGCGCGAGCCGUCACCGACCAGAUUGUGAAGGAGGAGCUGCAGAUAGCUGACCUGAGACGACGGCAAGGGGGGGUGAAAGAGCAGCUGCAGGAAUUUGUCAGCACCAAGACUGAGGAACUGCUCGCGCAGGGGUACUACUUGGAUGAGAGUCUUACUCCGAGUCCAGAGAGUCCUCCUUCAGAAACCUCCACUGAGAGCCUGAUGCAUCUUCUGCAGCAGUGCGAGCCCAACACUGCCAAAAGCAUCAAAGAGACCGUCGAAAGACACAAAAAAGAGUUGGAGAGCUUAGAACAGGAGUUGCAAGGUCGAGUGGCGAGCGUGGCGGCGCACCGCGUCAAGGUCGAGCACCUGCAGCAGGAGCUGGCGCUGCUGGCCGCCCGCGAGAGGGGCCUCACAAGGGCCCUCGCCGACGGGGACAAGCAUGGAGAGGGCGACCACGACGCGUCCCCGCUAGAGGGCGUGAAGCGCAGCAAGUCGGAGCUCGUGCUGCGUGCGCGGCCCGCCGUGCCGGACGCGCCCGACCUGGCGGCCGACGAGCGCGACUACCGCGCCAAGCGCCUCAGCUUAAGCCUCAGCCUCGACCCGCUGCCGUCCCCGAACUCGACGCUGAACACGACCGACACCUUCCACACGGCGUCCUCCUCGCCGAAAGCGUUCCCCUCCGAAUCCACCCUCCCCACUCCGUCGACCACUGAGGUCUCGGGAUUCGCUAGUGACGAACCGACUCCCCUUCCUCAGUUCAGACUGGGUCCGGCACCCGAUGACAGUGAUGAUAUGUCAAGCACUGAAGAUUAUCAUAAGCCGCGGAUCGUGGAGGGGCAGUCGUCCAGCUCGGUGGAGAGGUCGCCAGAAGAGAGACAUCAGAGGACGAAAUAUAGGAGACGAAUCAGAAUGAUAUUUGUAGGUGAUGGCAAGUCUCGUCGGCAAGUGACGGAAGCGGAAGCGCUUCGAGCGAUGCAGAGGCUCUGUUCGAGGAUCGCCUCGCAGAAGAUGCUGGUGAUAUCCUCGCUGGAGAAUGAUUGCUCCAAGGAAGAGCUGAACAGACAGAUUGCAGUACUCCAAGAACUUCAGAAGAAGUACGUCCGGCUGGAGAUGGCUCUACAGUAUUCUUUCUUCGAUAACCAGCCGAACAAACGCACCAUAAUGGUGACUCCCAUCCAGGAGACGCCCUCGCUCACGCUCAGCGAGAGUGACAUGCAGGUGGCCAGUGAGCCCUCGUCUGAAACGCUGCAAAAUGGACACUUCGAGGACCCGCUUCGGUGCAGAUUAAAAGAAACGGAAGUGGAGGCAUCGGACAACGUGUCGACGUCCAACGACGAGCUGGCCGAGCCCGCGUGGCGCGCCCCGCCGCCCGCCCUCACCGACUACGGCGUCGAAGGCCUUAUGCAUCCCAUUGAUUUUGCGGAGGUGGUGAGCGUGCCGGGCUGGGUGACGCGCGGCGCGGGUGCGCGCACGCACCACGAGUACGAGGUGCGCCUGCGCCUGCCGCACGCCUCCACCGCGCUGCUGCGCCGCUACCGCCGCUUCCGGGACCUCUACCUCGCCGCGCGCGCGCUCUACGGGGAGAAGGUGGCAGCGAUACCUUUCCCCGGCCGUGCGCUCUGGUCCUCUGAAGCGUUGGCGCGGUCUAGAAGACCACAGUUGGAGACGUUCCUCAGAAGACUUCUGACGGUCUGCUCGACGGACAGACGGUGUCCGCUGUACGCGUCGCCAGUCACCCGGGAGUCGCUUGUCGCAUUCUCGCCCUUCUUUAGAAAGGGCGUGUUCGAGAGCGGCAAGUGCGGCACGGGAUGAUGGCGCGCGGGGCCGGUGACGCGCGCGCUGCGGCGCGACGCGCGGCGCCUGGCGCGCGCGCUGCGGGCGGCGCUGCUGCUGCUGCUGCGCUGCGCCGCGCUGCUCGUGCUGCUGCUGCUGCUCUUCCUCGCCAAGCGACGCAGGUAGGGCGCCCGACAUACUCGUACUCGCCGCGGCCGACGAUUCGAUUGAUGCGUUCCUGAAUGAUUAGACGAUGGUACACGAGAUAUCCUUACGUCAUGUGCACUAUUUUUGAACGUGUCGUUAACGGGAAUACUUUUCGUAGUUUAAUUUCAAAUGAUGUAUUUCGUAAACUGACGCCAGACAUUCGAUUGAUUGUUAUUGAAUUAAUUAAUUCAUAUUUUCGAAGUUUAAACGGGAAUAUGUUUUCAAAACGUGCUUCGAAUCGAUGACUUUUAUAUCGAGCUUAAAUGACGCCUCAUCUGUAGAAACGAGAAGUUUCAUAAAAAAUAGGGAUAUGACAUAAGGUCUUCUCUAAGUGACAUAUUUCCGCACUUUACUUUUUAUGAAUUCUACUCUCAUAUUCCACUUUGUAUUGUAUGAGAAAGGAUUAGUUAGGCAAUUAAAUUAGUGUAUUUAAAGAACAUUCACAUAUUAAAUAGAAUAAAUGUAAUGCCUCCGAUAUAUCGACACCAUUUACAAAUCUAAAUUGAAAACUUACAACUCAUGCUAAAUCAAAUCGGAACAUGUCUUAUCGAAUGUCUGGCGUCAGCUUAAUACGAACCGCAGGACAACUAAUGGUACCAAGUGUAGGGGAAUGUUAGCUGGGGUAUAUAUGUUCGUGAGAUACGAAUAACUGACAUACGGGGUCAUAUAUCACAAACUAGUUUUAUUAUUCAAAUAAACAGUCAUAUAAUAAGGUACAAAAUAUCAUGAUUAUAUAUUUAAUAGUCAAUAUUACUUAUACAGCUAUAGUUAAAUACAUACACAUAUGUAUACACCAAGAUAAUUAGUAACGACUUAUUUAAAAUACUACAAAUUAAUUACAUAAAUAGGCAAAGACAAAACAGUUCUGAGCCUUUUUCGUCUCUGUUUAUGUACCGAUUGUUUUUUUUUUCUAUGGGAGGUUUUGACGAGCCUUUGACGAUCAAUGAAAAAAUGAAAAAAAAAAGUUGAACAAAAUGCAAUAUCAUAUAUGUUUUCACAUUUACAGUAAUCACAGUAAAAUUUCAAUAUCAAUGUCGUUAAUGUCCACCAUUUGAUGACGUCAUAACCGUGAAUUAAUUCAAUUACACGCACAUGAGGAACUCAAUUACGAUUCGCGACAGUCUGGUAAAAAGUAUUUAAAUAAAGUUACUAAUUAACAUGGUUGAUAAAUAAAUUUAAUUUUAAAUGUAAUAAUUAAAAAUACAAUAAUAUAUUCAAAAAAAAAAAAAACAAACAAAUGUCAUAUAUAUUUAAUUAAAUAACGUUACGUUCCAAGUAAUUUCAUAUUUGAAAUAAGCCAUAUACUAAGAUUUUCGAAGUCCGAUAACAAUAUUGAUCGUACAAAAACCGUUAACCAAUAUUUUAUUAGGUUUAAUAUAUAAUUCCAUCAAUAUGAUUAUAAUUGUGUAUUCUAUGACCCUCACACUCCUGUGCCUUUAAAAUGUUACAACACCCAUCUCAUCAGACUUAAGUCUCCCUAUUUUUGUACCGAGUUCCCAGACCUUAUUAACAAAUAGUGAUGACGCCUUAAUAACAAGUAUUAUAUAUAUAAAAAAAAACAAUUGUAAAAAUAUAAGUGACCUGCUGUCAGUCUGAACACUCGGGUACAAAAGUGUCUAACUCGCACACUAUAGCCUAUUCCAACCACAAGAGAAGUAAACACAAAUAAACAACUUUUACAAUGAUAUUAAUUGAAGCGAUAUCAUUGUUCGAGAUCUUGAAUAUUUCAAUAUCCGCGAAGUUGUAAUCGGAACUUUGAAAGUUAAAUUUAUGGGGUCGUAACUAGAAGAAAAUGGCCCAGUGGUAAGAACGCGUGAAUCUUAACCGAUGAUCAUGGGUUCAAACUCGGGCAAGAACCACUGAAUUUUCAUGUGCUUAAUUUGUGAUUAUAAUUCAUCUCGUGCUUGACGGUGAAGGAAAACAUCGUGUGGAAACCUGCAUGUGUCUAAUUUCACUGAAAUUCUGCGGAUUGGUGGAAUACACAUUCCACCAAUCCGCACGGGAACAGUGUGGUGGAACAAGCUCCAAAACUUCUCCUCAAAAAGGGAGAGGCCAUAGCCCAGCAGUGGGACAUUCACAGGCUUUUAUUGUUACUGUACUGUACUUAGUGGUCAUAACUAGUGGAAUAGCGUUGGUAAAUAAUAAAUAAAGCUAAAUUAAUCAUGAGCUGUUUGUAGUGCUUAAUACAGCAGAAAAAUUAGUAAAUCACAUGCAAUUUGUAUAUCUACAAUUUGUUUACCUUUACUCCAUCUCCGAUUGGAAUAGGGUAUAGAGGUGAUGUGUAGUACAAAAGGGAGUCAGGACAUUUUAAGAAUAGUGGAAAGCUGUUAUUGUACUACGCUCGUUUACUAAAAAUUAACUUAACCGUGACCUGACAAUGUUCAAUUUUGUUUUACGAUUUCAUACGAACACAUCUCGCCCAGAUUAUGCCAAAUUGAAUGAUGAUGGGUACUGAUCCACGCUCUAGGAUCGUUUACUUUAUUUCCCCGAUUAACGGAACAUCUGACGGCCUUCAUUUGUUCAUUAUCUUUGAUGUUAUUCGUAAUGUCCUGUCAGAUUCAGCUUUAAAGUCGACCAGAUUUAUUGCCUUUGAAUGUGUGAAAAAUCGCGUUUAUUAAUAGGAUGGAAGUUAUAUAUCAUUGUUAUUAGUACGAGUAUGUUAGGUAGGUGUGUCGCGGCGCAAAGGGUGCCUUUUACUGAUGAACAUAGAUGUGUCCAGCUUAUAAGAAAACCACAUUGAGCCUCUUGUCAGUGCUAUCAGAGAAUAGAAGAUGUCGAUCGUUUCCUUAAACUAAAAUUUAAUUUAGUCGUUAGGAGGUGAUUACUAGAAGUUCAAAAAAUUUAGUUUCAACAAAGAAUAAUUCAAGUUUUAUUCUUAAAUUUAAUUAAAUAUAGACUUGUGACAAAUUGUGUAGGCUCGUGUGGUUUUUUGAUAAACCCGGACAUUUGACCAAGGGAUGUCCUUAACUGAUUUCUUCAUUUUUACUUCUAGAUCAUUCCGAAUCCCUAACUAUAUAACUUGUCUCGUAAAGAGACUCAAAAAACUUCCGACUUUCAAUAAAAUAUAAGAUAAGUUAUAAUUAUCUUAAGUAGCUUGUUAGCUAGCUAUUAAUAUAUUUAUAUAUCUCACAAUGUACUUCACGUUAAGUUAUUUUAUAUUGGUAGCCCUACCAGCUGAGCUACCAACAAACGUCAUAAUUUUGAGCUCCAUAGAAUAUUUUUUUUACUAUAUGAAGAGCGUUCAAAACAGAAAAAACGCGUUAUUUUUAUAACUCAUUUGCAUGAUUUCAUAUAAAUGAGAUAUUGUUGUCAAUUCUGCUGCACACAAUUUUUAACUAAACGAUUUGCUGACCUUUUUACCUUCAGAUGGGGGAAAGCUAUACAGAAUAUUAUUAUAUAAGUACAUACUGUCAGAUUUAUGUUGUUCAGAAAUUGUGUACAAUAGAAGUUUCAACAUGGAUGACAUCAUAUUAGUAGCCGGACCGAGAUAGAAACCAAAUAAUACAGUAAUACCAGACUGAAGUCCGGCCGCUGAGAUGAGCAACGAAUGCUUUCGUGACAUCUGUCCGUCGGUUAUGACAUUUUGUAGUGUAUGAACACUUAAAAAAAACAAUUGACAUAACACCGCAUUGUGUAUUGGAAAAAAUAUUGUUUUCUUAUUUAUUAUAAACUAAAUUAACCAAAAAAUUAUAAGAUUUAUUGUAAGUUGUCAUCAUUAUUAUCGGCUUUACUUAAUAUGAUUUUUAAAGGUUUAGUUAAACAAUUUAUAAUAUUAAAUGUUUAGUUAAACAAUGCCGUGUCUCUUUCUUUCGAAUGUCAAAUCGAUAAUGACAGAAAAGGAGAAAUCAGUGUGUUAACUAAACGGUCGCCUAGCAACGUUUAUAAAUAAUACCGAUAGUUUUUAAUUAUAUUAUUCUUUAAUUGCAAUUAAACACAGCGGCCGGACAUUAGCCGCAACUGUAUUUUUUAGCAUUUGCGAUACUAAAAUUCGAAUGUUUUACUUUCGAUUUGAAUCGAUAAUGAUAAAUUAUAGAAACUGUAAAACUAUAAAUUAUUUUGUAAUUUACUUGCCUUCGUAGUAUCGAAAUGAUUUUUUUCUGCUCGGUCUAUUACUUAACGUAUAACGAUAUCGUGAGCUCGAAACGAAUCUCUAAAUAAUUAUUGUGCAUUUCUUAUAAUUUAUUAUUGCAUCGAGAACUCGAUUACGCGUUCAACAGUCAAGAUUUAAUUUAAAAAAUAUAUUGGUCUCGUGAGAAGUGAGCCAACGAUGAGGUGUGAUCCAAAUGACCACCAUUUCAAUAUCAAUGUAUGUCGGUGAUACCAUAGAUAUUUUAAAUUAGCAAUUUAUCAUUUCACUGGUUCACUGGACAUACAUUCGACAAUAUAUGAUACCUUAGCAAACCAAGACAACUAUACUAGAUAGGUUGAUGAAUUUAAAACUUAUCAAUUUUUAUUUUAAUAUUUAAAAUGUGAGAUGGAAACAAAUAUCGAGUUCGAUGCUGUCUUGUAUAUUUCUCUUAAAAGACAUUUAUAUUUAAGUUAUAUUUUGACACAGUUAUUGUGUCGCACAAUUACUGUGCCUCUUAUUUAGGUUUCCAUGGUUUUUUUUUGUAUAUUUUGUACAUUUUUGCUUAAAACGAUAGCUGUUUUAUUAAUUUGCAUUCAAUUGAGGACAAACCAUUUACUAUGAUUGGAAAUAUAAUAAUACCUGUGAAUGGGUUAUUAUUUUAAUAAUAAGUAAAGCGCCCUAUAGCAGAAUAUCUCUAGCGUCACUAGCUCCAAAAUAAAAUGUAAUUCUCUAGAUAUAAAGAAACGUCAGAAUUGUAAUGACGGUAAAUCUUUAGGCACGUUAUAAAUCAUAUAAACAGGUUAUAAAACGUCAAAUUAUAAUACAGAUAAUCUAACAGAAAAUGAUAGAUAAUGUUAUUAAGUUUAUUUAAAGUUUUGGAAACUAACAUUACUUUUAUUACUUUGUGUAGUUUAACCAGGGUUAAUAGUACUAAAACUAACUAUCGAAAAGAGAAUUUUAAAAUAUGUAAGGUCUAUAAUAUUGAUAUUUCAUAGAUAAAAUUUAAAUAAAUCAUUAUUUGUAAGGCAAUAUAUUUAUUGAAAAUGUAUUUACCCGAAUCUCCCUGAUUAUAAUGGUAUAUAGUCAGAAAUAACUUUUCUAAAAUAUCCUUUUUUUUUUUAUAAAUACGUUAAUGAUGAUCUCGAGAGAAUUACUUUGGCGAAUAGUGUUUAAAAAAUAUAUAUAAUCAAAAUUCGUAAUUCGUACUUUGAUAUAACGCGCCUAAAGAAAAAUAUAAUUAUAAUAUUAGUUGUAAGUUUAAUUAAACAUUUCUUACCUGUCAUUAGACUCACUUCAUAUUUGUAAAAUUUAGCAGAUGUAUUUAUUUUAAUGUAAAGAUUUAAAAUAGCAUGAACUUUGUAUAUAUUUUGUUUAUUUCAUAAAUAAAAGUAAAAGUAUGUAUUUAUAUAUUUUUAUACUUAACAACAUUAUGUAAAUAUUGAUAUUUUACUGAAGAGUUGAUUAU